AUGAGUUUGAGUAAACUUUUUGCUUGUAGGAAGAGGAAUAGUUCAGUAUGGAAAUGGUUUAAAUACGAUGCGUCAUCCGACAAAUCAGUAUGUUUAGUUUUACUUGAUGGUGAAAAAGUAUGCAAUACAAAGUUGUGUGGAAAGAACCCAACAAAUCUUAAACUACAUUUAGCAAGAAACCAUAAGUCUGUACACGUUGAGCUGGAAGAGUCGGAAUUAAAGAAAUUAAGUGAAAAAAAGCAAACAGGGAUAAAGAGAAAAGCAGUGGAUGAAAAUGGACCCACUCUUUUAGAAUCGUCCUCAAAUCAGAACCAGACCUUGAUUCAAUGCAUUAAUCGUAGGAAUACCGCGAGGCCUAUUAAUUCACACGAGCAUAAAAUUCGACUAAACUCUCUUAUUCAAAUGAUAAUUGCAACAUGUAAUCCAGUGACAUUGGUGGAUAAUGCGAGUUUUAGAAAGUUAGUUAAUACCUUGGAUUAUAAAUUUUCAUUGCCUGCUUCUGCCAAAAUUACUAGCCUACUUAAUGAAAAAUUUACUGUUUUAACGAGAAAACUUCGUGACUUCAUAUCUGAAGGCAGGCGCUUCACAAUAUGCCUUGAUGGCUGGACUAAAAAAGGUCUUACUGCGUCCUUUUUAGGAAUUUCGGUUUGUUUUUUUCACUUCAAAUCCGAAAAACCAAUACAUGCUCUGCUUAAUUUGUAUCUUGUGAAACAUCCACAUACAGGUGAACAAAUUGCUAAUUGUUUUGAAAAAUGCCUAAAAUAUUGGAUAAUUUCCAGAGAAAAAAUAUUGCUUGUUAUUUCGGACAAUGGAGCAAACAUGGUCAAAGGCAUAAAGUUGUCAAGAAUGAAAGCUCAAGCUGGUAAGACUGUGAUCAGCGACUGUUCUACAAGAUGGAACAGCACUUACUUUAUGGUUCGGAGAUUUCUGGAAAUAAAGACAUCUAUCAACGAAGUGCUUGGAGACCUUAACAUUGAUUCACUUGCCAAUAGCGAAUGGAUAAUGUUUCAGGAUUUUGUCAAUCUUUUAGAACCUUUUGCCAAUGAAACUGAUAUUCUUCAGACGGAUGCACUUUCACUAUCCAGUGUUAUACCUUCAAUACUUAAUUUAGAAUGUCACCUUGAGCAAUUUGGAGAUGCCAAAGAUGUAGCAGUUAAAAUGCUUGAAGAUCUACGCCGUCGUUUUGCCGUUCUUUUGCAGCCAAACGAUCCUAAUUUUAAUCCACUGCCAUGUGCCGCAUGUCUACUUGACCCCACAUGUGCAAUAGCUCUUUUAGGUAAUGAGCAUACACAAAUCAGAGUGUGCAAAGAAAUACAUUUUUGUCAGAGGCUAAAAAAUCGGUGCAACAUGAUUUACCUUUAG